CAUUUCUUUUCUUUUUUGUUGGUUUAUUCAAAAACUCUUGCCUUCUUUUUUCUUAUUGUCAACAAUUAAACCAAUAUGUUUUGGAGAUUUGGAUUCAAUAAUUCAACUUUGGAAACUUUAUUAGAAAAGGACAAUGUCACUUUAGAAGAAGUUUUAGAAGAAGAUGAUAUUCUUCAAGAAGCAAAAUCCCAAAAUCCCAAACUUGUUGAUUUCCUUUCCAAAACGGAGCGUAUUGAAAGCUUAUUGAAUUACAUUACGGCAACUGAUUUAGACGAGAGCAAAAAGUUCAAAUACCCUUUCAUUGCCAGUGAGAUUAUUGCAUGUGAAAUACAACCUCUUAUCGAUGCUAUUGUCAUUGAUCAUAAGGAUGAAUUAUUGACACCUUUUUGGUCCUAUUUGAAUACACCUGCUUUACCAAGACAGCGUGCUUCUCCUACCGACGACAGGACCAGCAACAGCCAUAAAAAUCAGCCUGACACUAAAACGGAACAAGACAGAGAAGAGUCAACAGAGAAGGAAGCCCAGGAAGCCGUCAAAGAGCAUAAGGGGCAAGUGUUAGAUAAAGAGACACGAUUAGAGGAGCAGCAGAGUACACAAAAUACCGAUAUCAGUGAACUAAAACAGGAGAGAAAAGACGAAUUGGAAGAGGAACAACACACACAGCAACAAAAGCUUGACCAUGGAUUAGACUCUUUACAAGCAUCUUAUUUCUGUAAAACAAUAGGUGUUCUAUUGUCAAAAUAUCCUGUUGAGAUGAUGGCAUUUAUACAAUCAGAUGCCAAGAACUUGGAUAAAAUACUAGGACAUUUACACACUUCUGCUAUUAUGGAUUUAUUGCUGACGUUGGUCAGAAUGGAAGAAUUACCAGAGGGAAAAGGAGUAGUAAAGUGGUUAAGUGAUCAUAAGCUGCUCGAAAACUUAAUUGAACGAUUAGAUCCAUACCUUGAUACUGAAGAACAUUCCAUUGCACAACAAUGUAUUUGUGAAAUUAUUCGUAUGUCACAGACCAGUUUACCAGACUCGCCUAGCAUAGGCAUGAAUGACUUGAUCAUGAAUUUGAAAAGUGAGGCGACCAUGAGAAAACUCGUCAAGUACAUGUUGGAUCCUGAGGCACCGAAUGCUACAUCUACACUGAUCAAUGGUGUGUCGAUUAUUAUUGAUAUGAUUCGACAUAACAAUAGUGAUUUAGAAAAUGACCCAGCCACUGACGCACCGCUUACCUCAUCUUCACUCAUGCCCACCCUCAACAAUGAAUCAUCUUCAGUUUCUUUAGCUGAAAUGUUGAAAGUCAUGGGAGAUCAUGUGCCUGAAUUAACCCACUUAUUACUCAAACCAAGAUCUGUCAAGGGGCCUAUUCGCAUGACAUUGGGUGAAGUGGAACCUUUAGGAUUUGAGCGAUUAAAGAUUUGUGAAUUAUUUGCUGAACUAUUACAUUGUUCCAAUAUGUCUAAUUUGAACAAUUUCAAUCAACAAAUACAAAAUCAGCAUCAGCAGCAGUCCAGGAAACAGGAUGAAGAGGAAGAAACUACGGCUACGACAACAACUGAUACUACACCACCCCCAUUAUCCAAUGUGACAAAGCAAGAAGAAGAGUUGUCAGUGGGCGAUUAUCUCAAGUCUAAAUUUGUUGAGAAUCGUACGAUGCCCAUUUGCGUUGAUUUAUUCUUUGCUUUCCCUUGGAACAACUUUUUACAUUAUGUCAUUUAUGAUAUGCUUCAUCAAGUGUUUAAUGGUCGAAUGGAUGUUGGGUUGAAUAGAAAUCUGGCUAUUUCUAUUCUAAAAGAUGGCCAAUUGACGGAUAAAAUUGUGAUUGCACAAAAAGCGAAUGACGAAGAAUGUGCUAAACCAAAGGGUAUGCGCGCUGGUUAUAUGGGGCAUUUAACCUUCAUUUCCGAUGAGAUUAUGAAGUUAUUCGAAGGAUAUCCUGAAACCAUUGUUGUGAAUAUCAAAGAUGAUAUUGAUAUGGAAGGCUGGAACCAUUACUGUCAUCAUGAAUUGAAACAAACGAAAGAAAGAGAUCAGUUACCCUUAGGCGGUUUGAGACCGAAUGAUGACGAUGAAUUGGAUUUACCUCAAACGGAUGAUGAUGAAGAACUGGACGAUGACGAUGAUGAUGAUGACGAUGAAGACGACGAAGAUGUGUUGAGCGGAAUAUCUGAUGGCAGAAGACAAUACUCACGUUUCUUGAGUCGAAACAAUAAUGAAGCAUUUGAUGAUGACGAAGAAGAAGCCGAGCAUUGGAUAAGCGGCCGUGAUGAUUUCAAUAAAGAAUACACAUACAAUGUUACAAGCUACGGUAUGAAUGGUCAUGGUGGCAGUAGCAGUAGCAGUAGCAGUAGUAGAAGUAGUAACGCGGGCAAUAUUCACCAUGAGAAUGAAGAAGAAUACGAUAGUGACCCUGAAGAAGCGGAGGAUGAUAGUAUCACGCCAGAUUGGACUAGAAACUUCAAUAAAUAUACACCACCCAAUACACUUCGACGUAUCGUCAGUUAUAAUAUAGACCGUCAAGCUGAUUUAGAAGACGAAGAAGAUUACGAUGAUGAAUUCGAUCAUUUAGCAGAUGCAGAAGAAUUGGAAAGAAGAGCGGCUCUUCGAAAUGCUACUUACAAAAUCGCUUCUUCUCUUAAUAACGAAGGCGAAAAGGAGAAUAUUUACGAGGAUGAUACUACUACAACUACUACGCAGAAUGAAGCUAAGCCUGUUGUCGAAGAUCACUUCGUUCGUGCCGUCAAAACGAAAGAAGAGCGUAUAAACCAACCGUAUCCUUCCCAAUCAAAACAAAGCCUUGAUGAAGAAAGUGAACAAGAAGGAGAAGUUUAAGACAGCAGUACUAUAUAUAUGAGACUUUUAUUCCAUUGUUUUAACCGGUACAUACAGGCCUCUUGGAUCUGGUUAUUUUAUUUUUUUUUUAUUUCUGUUAUUCGUCGUGCUUAUCCUCUUACCCCUUCGCUUACCAUCUUAUAAUAAUUUAUAUACUAAUCUGGUUUUUUGUUAUGCUGCUUUCUUACAAGUAUUCAUAUGAUAUAAUAAACUUUUUCUUUUUGAUUUGUUAGUAUAUAGUAAUAUAAUGGACAAUGUCCAUGGUGAGUUGAUGGCGAAAGGGCCCCCCACCUUCCUUUCUGAAACAACGCUGUGUAGGAAGCCUAAUC